ACAUAACAAACCAAAGAGAUCUCCUUAUAAUUCUCCGUAAUGUUUAUUACCAAAAGUAAACCAAGUAUUCGGGUGGUCGUCUGUAAAAUAGCGAUAAGAUGAGAUUGUGCCAUCUACAACAGUAGAGAGAGAUAGAGAUGUCUGCUUCAGCUUCACUAUACUUUCUUCAGAGCACUUGCGCGUAUUCGCAACAGGGGCAGCAUCUUUGGCUCCGUCCGAAUUUGGUGGCACCACGAGCUCGGCCACAGCACCAGUACCAAUACCAGCCUCUGAUUGUUGAAGCCAAGGUCAGAACUAGAAGAGAAGACAGGACUGCCCGCCAUGCUCGUCUCCGAAAGAAGGUUGAAGGGACGACCGAGAGACCCAGACUAUGUGUGUUCCGCUCCAACAAGCAUAUCUAUGUUCAGGUGAUUGAUGAUUCAAAAAUGCAUACACUUGCUGCAGCUUCAACGAUGCAGAAACCCAUCUCCGAGGAGUUCAACACCAGCUCUGGUCCCACCAUCGAUGUGGCGAAAAGAGUGGGGGAGGUAAUUGCAAAGUCAUGUCUUGAGAAAGGCAUCACCAAGGUAGCAUUUGACCGAGGGGGAUACCCUUACCAUGGGCGGAUUGAAGCCCUCGCUGAUGCAGCUCGAGAACACGGUCUGCAGUUUUAGAGCUUGGACAGUGAAUUAUUGUUCCUUGUUAGUUAGUCACCUGUUCCUUUUACUAUGUCUCUCGUGAAAAAUGUGAUGGAAGGAGGCAUGGAUCUGUGGAUUGAUGAAUUGCCAGUUUGAGAGUAUGAUCUUGGCAAGCUUUUAGUUUGUUAUUUUUUUUAACUUGAAAGAAAUUCUGUGAAAGCUUUGUGAUUAGUGUCCGAUCUUUUAAUGUUCAUUAAACUUGAUUAAUGGAUGCUAGUUAUUUAAGCUGUUGUUUUUCAGUUCAAUGUUGGGAAUUGCCGGAGA